UCCACGAAGUGUUUCUGUCCAGAACGCCAGAUCUCUCUAGGCGGAACUCACCAUGACCCGGAUGACGAAGCUACUUUUCUUACCUGGCAUAUGGCUGCUGCUGCUUCUGGCUGGCACCGAGAGUGCUCCCAAGACGACGACGACGGCGACAGAAGAGCCACCGGAAAAACAGCCAAAGGCUCUGGUCCGCGAUGAAGCCACUCUUCCACCAAAGACAACGACGAAAUGGCACGAAAAACCUCUGGUCCGCAAUGAACCCACUCUUCCACCAAAGACAACGACGAAAUGGCACGAAAAACCUCACGAAAAACUUCAACAGCGACAGAUAACGAACUGCAGUGUCAGCACAGGUCGAAUAGUGGCGUCCUCAGGUACAAUCGGGAUAGGGUCCAUUGGAGGAAACUACAACGAUAACGAAUAUUGUGUCUGGGAGAUCGAGGUUCCUGAAGGACUGAUCAUUAGGUUCACAUGGGAGUACUUCGAACUAGAGGGUCCAGAGUCUUGGUGCCCUUAUGACUACGUCGAUAUUUCUGAUUAUGAAACUGGAGACAGCUUGACUGGAAGGGUUUGUGGCAGCAGCAUUCCACGGUCUGUCAGGAGCCGCAGUAACAUCGUCAGGGUGACUUUCAACAGCGAUUAUUCUGUCACGUAUCAGGGAUUCGGGCUCCGUUUUGAGGCUUCAUCAGAUGUGUAUGAAACAACUGAGACCACAACAACAACAACUUGGCUACCUCAGACGAGCUGCAGUGUUGACACAGGACGAAUAGUGGAGUCCUCAGGUGAAAUCGGGAUAGGGUCCAUUGGAGGAAGCUACAACAAUAACGAAUAUUGUGUCUGGGAGAUCGAGGUGCCCGAGGGACUGACCAUUAGGUUCACAUGGGAGUACUUCGAUCUAGAGGGUCCAAGUUCUUGGUGCCCUUAUGAUUACGUCGAUAUUUCUGAUUAUGAAACCGGAGUCAGCAGGGCCGGAAGGAUUUGUGGCAGCAACAUUCCACGUACCAUCAGGAGCCGCAGUAACCUGGUUAGGGUGACUUUCAGCAGUGAUUAUUCUGUAACGUUACAGGGAUUCAAGCUUCAAUUUGAGGCUGUCUCAGGUCCGUAUGAGACAAGUGUACCAGCAGAGACAACAACUUCGGCCGGCUGGUACGAAACUCAGCUUCCACAAGGGAGCUGCAGCGUCGAUACAG